UUACACUAUAUUCGGCUGCCUCCCUCAACGAGUUGCCAAUCCUCAAUUGAUCUCUCCUCCUCGCUUCUUCCCCGGAGAGAAUCAUACCUUUCCCUUAUUCAAACGCGGCUGUAUAGCGGAUCGUCUCCGUAACAAAUAUGGAUCCUCGUCAAUUCGAACACAUCGUUGUGAAGGAUGAUGAGAUUCAGAGCAUUGUAAUGUCUUAUCUUCUCCACAACUGCUUCGAUGAAACUGCUGACUCUCUUGCUUCCACUACUGGAAUACACCAACCCGCAAUUGAUCGCGAUAACAUGGAGAGAAGAAAACAAAUAAUGCGUUUUGUACUGGAGAAGAAGGCGCUCAAGGCUGUUGAGCUAACUGAACAACAAUUAGGACAAGAGUUGCUUGAGAAAAACAAGGAUUUGCACUUUGAUCUUCUUUGCCUUCACUUUGUUGAGCUUAUCUGUGAUGCCAAAGGCGAAGAAGCUCUUGAAUUUGCUAAGACAAGUUUGGCUCCUUUUGGGAAUUUCCAAAAAUAUGUGGGGAAGCUUGAAGACGUGAUAGCUUUGCUGGCGUAUGAAGACCCUGAGAAAUCACCAAUGUUCUAUCUUUUGAGCUCUGAGUACCGUCAACAGGUUGCUGAUGAUCUGAACCGCACCAUUCUUGAGCACGCAAACCAUCCAAGCUACACACCGAUGGAAAGGCUCUUGCAACAGGUGACAGUUGCGAGACAAUACUUGACUGAGGAGAACGGCAAAGAUGCGUUUCCUCCAUUCUCCUUGAAAGAUUAUUUUAAAGGCUAAAGAUCGCAGGAGGACUCACUUUGCAAGGAGAAGGAAAUGCUAAACAUUUUCAUGUAUAUACAGAAAAUGGCUUUGCUUUUCAGUUUCAUCUCCAUUGUUUUAAACCUGUCUUCAACUUCUGCAAACAUGGAUAAAAGGUUAGUCUAGUCACCCGUGGCCACAGAUGGUUAAAAUUUGCUGUUGCCGGAGAUGAAUAUUGUUAAAGACCGGUUCUGUUUCAGUUCAGUUCUGCUCUCCUCCACUUGAAGGUGUUUGCCUUUACCUUUUGCGAGUUUAAUCGAUGAAUCUUGUAAUCCAUGAUCUUGGAAAACUCAUUUUAUCUUUGUAAUUAUCGUUUAUGUUUUUAUAUUGAGGAAUCUGUGGAGACUUCACAUAA